AUGUCGUCUUCGUCGUCUUCUCAUUAUAGUCUCCCGAUUUCAGACCCCAAGGCGCAGGCCCAGCCACAUCCAGCCGCCUCGAUCGGCGGCCCAGCUUUGGGCGCGUUCCUCACGCGCCUCUCCAACUCUCUCCGCCGCUUGUGGUCCCGGCAACGUCCGUGGCUCGAACUGGUGGACUACUCCGCCGUCUCACGGCCAGCCUCGCUCUCCGAGGCCACCACCCGCAUCCGUAAGAACAUCUCUUACUUCCGGGUAAAUUACGUCGCCGUCUUCGCCGCCGUGAUCGGUUUGUCCCUCGUCUCCCACCCUUUCUCGCUUUUUACUCUGGCGGUUCUCCUUGCCGCCUGGCUCUUCCUCUACUUGCUCCGCCCUUCCGACCAGCCGGUCGUGCUUCUGAACCGCACUUUUACCAACGGGGAAAUUCUGGCCAUACUGGUUGCCCUGACCGUGUUCGUGAUUUUUCUGACCAAUGUCGGAUCUCUGCUGAUGUCGGCGAGCUUGAUUGGAUUUGGGAUUGUGUGCGUUCAUGGUGCUUUUAGAGAUCCGGAGGAUUUGUUCCUUGAUGAUCAGGAAUUGCCUGGUUCCGGGCUGUUCUCGAUGAUUAGUGGCGCGGCUGCCUCCGUCUCCGUCGCAGCUCCGGCCGCCGUAUCCCAAGUCUGA